AUGAGCUCGCUGAAGCUACUGAACCAAGAGGCUGAGCAUGCGAAACGCUUCAUUGCGCUCGCCAUGAACAUCAAUGCAGCCAAAGGUCUCCAGGAAGUGCUCAAGACCAACCUUGGGCCCAAGGGAACGCUCAAGAUGUUGGUGGGCGGCGCUGGUGAUGUAAAGCUCACCAAGGACGGCACGACGCUGUUGCACGAGAUGCAAAUACAAAACCCCACAGCUGCUCUCAUUGCCAGGACUGCCACUGCACAGGAUGAUGUCUGUGGUGACGGAACAACUUCCACCGUCAUCUUCAUCGGCGAACUUCUGAAGCAGGCGGAGAGGCACCUCAGUGAAGGAGUGCACCCUAGGGUGCUCUGCGAUGGCUUUGAUAUUGCCAAGAAAGAGGCGCUUCAGUUUCUCGAACAAAGAAAAGUCAAGGUUGGAAGUAUCGACAGAGAAGCCUUGAAUUGUGUCAGUCGCACUGCCCUUAGAACGAAGCUGCAUGAAGAGUUGGCUGAUCAUAUUGGAGAUGUUUGUGUAGACGCUGUGCUUUGUAUCAAUGACAAGGAAUCUGAAGUGCCCAUUGACUUGUACAUGGUUGAGAUCAUGCAUAUGCAACAUAAGAAUGAUCUGUCGUCAAGAUUAGUGAAGGGGCUUGUUCUCGAUCAUGGUGCAAGACACCCUGACAUGCCUAAGUUCGUGAAAAAUGCUUACAUCUUGGUGUUGAACGUGGACUUGGAAUUCACGAGGUCAGAGGUAUCUUCCAACUUCUUCUAUUCCAAUGCAGACCAACGUGAAAAGUUGGUUGAGUCUGAGCGAAAAGUGGUAGACGAGAAAGUUAAGAAGAUCAUCGAGUUCAAGAGGAAAGUGUGUGAUGGGAACGACAACUCCUUUGUGCUCAUCAACCAGAAAGGAAUCGACCCACUCUCUUUGGACAUGCUUGCCAAACAGGGUAUUCUGGGGCUCCGUCGAUGCAAACGUCGCAACAUGGAACGUCUGGCGAAAGCUUGCGGAGGAGAAGCCGUGAACUCGGUGGAUGAUCUUGAUGCUUCUUGUCUGGGUUAUGCCGGUAGGGUGUAUGAAGAAACGCUGGGAGAGGAGAAAUAUACUUUCGUGGAGGAGUGCAAGAAUCCGCAUUCGUGCACUGUGUUGAUUAAGGGACCAAACAAGCAUACCAUUGAACAGAUUAAGGAUGCUGUACGCGACGGCUUGCGAGCAGUCAAAAACACGAUCGAGGAUGAUUGCCUCAUACCCGGUGCUGGAUCAUUCGAAGUAGCACUCAGUCAACAUUUGAAAGAACAUAGCAAAUCAGUUCAGGGACGUGCAAAACUCGGCGUACAGGCAUUUGCAGAAGCUCUUUUGGUGAUUCCUAAGACUCUGGCAUUCAAUGCUGGACAGGAUGCGAUGGAUGCUCUGAUCAAUGUACAAGACGCUCAAAUGAGCGGAUUGGUUGCUGGGAUUGAUAUUUCGAGCGGAGAAGCAUGCUCACCCGAAGACAUUGGAGUUUUUGACAACUAUCGCGUCAAGAAGCAAAUGAUGCAGUCAGCAGGCAUCAUCGCUUCCCAGCUUAUCCUGGUGGAUGAGAUCAUGCGUGCAGGCGUUGCUGCCGGCAAGAGAGGGUGAUGCCUGUAACAUGGAUGCCCCUAGUCAGCAGGUUGAUUAUCAAGAUUGAUCAUAAACUAUGUUCCUGC